AUGGUGCGAUUUUGGUGGGUGUUUGUUCUGUUCGCGAAAACGGCUUCAGCUAAUGACAACGAGCUACCUGGAGUUGAUCCUGAUAAAGGCGCAAGAUAUCUCUCGGCUUACGACACGAAGCCCUACCGACCUGCUGGACUACCCCCGCUGACAACAAUCCCAAUUAGCGGAGACAGAUGCUCUUCACGACUGGAGAACGCGCUCGACCAAAUGAAACGACGGAAGCGGACUCAGCCGAAAAACUUGGACACUCCUUUGAGUCAAAGCAUCGACCUUAACGGAUAUAGACUGUAUCAGACAAUGAGGAGUGCUCCAGUCGACAUGUAUGUUACGAGAAUGCGCGUGCGCCUGCCCCAAAACACCGACUGGGUUCGCGUCGAGAAAUGCUACUUCGACCCCCGCAACGUCUCCCUAGACACGAUGCUCCUCUUCAACGACAUAACCAUCAGCGGCAACGUAGACCUUUACGAAGCGAGCGAGCUAGAUCGCUCAAACUGGGGCAACAGAAGAUCCGGAAGAGACUACGAUCCAGGUUAUGAUCCAUAUUUACACGACCCUUACAGGAGACCACGGAACAACGGCUGCAACAUGAUCCUGAGGCUACGCAAAGCCGGGAUCGGCUUUCACACGACACCCUUGAAUCAGCAACCAGGAAAAUUCAACGUCAAAACCGAUUCGGAGUUCGUCGAGCCGGGUUUCAUAAGUGUCUACGCUUACGGUUGCGAAAAGUACAUAAACAGGAACUCCGUUAGAAAUAAGGACAAUCUACCCUUGACUAGAAGGAAAAGAUCCGAUGAGUUCGCUUUCGAACCGAGAGUAAUCGAACCCUCGGAGAUUCCAGAGAAGAGAUCGGCCGAUAACUGGGAUAUAGUAUACGAAGCGAGCAACAACAGGAACAGCUAUGAGCGCAGCAAAUCGUUUAAAGCUGAAGACGACUUGGACGACGUUGAAGACAUAUCUAGAGAGAUGGAGAAUAUUUUCACUAAGGGCAUAAGAACACUUCUUACGACAUACAUGAAGAAGGAGCUACAGCCGGCUAUAAAAGAUACAUUGAUGAGGAAUAUGGGCUAUGUUAUAUCUUAUGGAUAGUUAUAAUAU